AUGGCUCAAGUGCUCUGGAAUACAGACAUUGAUGUUUAUAAUGAGAAAGUCAUUCCGCUUUCUGUAGCUCGUUCCAUCUCCAGGUACUUGGAAAUCCCUGAUCUUUUACAGUUCUCUCUCGUCUCCAAAAACGCAUACAAGGCGGUGAGAGACCCUGCACUAUGGGUGCUGAAGCUACGAAUGAUGGGUGUUUGGGAUGAUGGUAUUGAGAUCUUGAAUGAUGAGAUAUCUGAUUGCAAUCUUGAGCACCUACUGAACCCAUUGCUUUGCUUGUCAAGAAUAUACAAACAUCCGAAAUUGGCAAGAUUUCAAAUGUUGAAGAUAAGGACUUGUCUCAAACAAUACUACAAUGAUUUACAACAAAACGUGGCAUAUAAUCACUUGAAAGUUUUUACAAACUACCAUUCUCCACAAGAUCAGGCUAGGCUUCUAUCAAACUUGCUCAAGUACAACAGUGUUGAUGCCAGUGGAUCAUCCAAAAAUUUUGUCCGUCAAAAGAUCACUGACAUCUUGGAGAUUUUUGAGAAUGCUCUUCUUCGGGAAUUAGAAAUUCACUACGAUAUUCAAGAUUUUGCGAAAACUCGAGAAUUCGUUGGAAUUUUGAUCCAAUUGAAGAAUGAUCAAACCCUAAUAGACUUCUUUCUUCAGAAGACUUGUUUUGACAACGAAAAUAUCAGGUUCCUCAAUAUAGAUCAGUUUAAAGUCCAUGACUUUUUUGAAGCCACUAAUCUCGUACAAAAUGAUUCCGAACGGAGCGAAGUCGAAAUACAAGAAACCAGCUCGGUGAAUGAGGCUCGUGUUCUUGAGUUCAUAAUCGAGCUAGCAUCUGUCUUUAACGAUUUAGCUUGUGUUAUUGAUCGCAUCUUUCCCCAAGAUGUACCCAUGAUGUAUAAGAUUAGCGAGGAGAUUAUCACAAACCAACUUCAGGAUGCUCUUUCGGCUUUGACCAUUUCAGCAAAAAGGAAAGGCGUUUAUUUGGAGUUUAUUCCUAUGAUGUAUACGCAUCUAACGAAUACGUUAGUCGAUAACCUUGUUCCGUGCGAUAACAUCGGGGAAUCGUAUCAUGUCCUCAUCCGUCAGUUGGUUGAUGUCACUUACGACUCUUACGUCUCGGAGUACAUGAAUGAAGAGAAACAAGUUUUUAAAGAAUUAUGCGCGGCAAGAAUUAAAGAUUGGAAAAGAAGUCUUGAUGAACGAGAAGCUCAGACCAGCGAAAAAAUAUUGAAACAUGUGAGAGUUCAAUCCAAGAAUGAUUUUUUGUCCAACUUUAAAAAAGCGUUCACAAUUAAUGGCAAUACGGAAGAAUUAGCCAUCGAAACGAGCAAAGAUGAUGUAGUGAACUAUUCUAAGGGCCAAGCAAAUGCGAAAAUUUUGGCAGAAAACAUCAAGUCUCUAAACAAAGUUUUUAGCCCCGAGCUUGCAUUUGAUGUUUUAAAAGAAGCCAGAAAUUCUUUAGAGAGACUUUGUCAAUUUCAAGAGUUUAGCAUAAAUGCAAUUCUAUUAGAAAUUCACUCUGUGAUGCAAGAACAGUUCAUGGAGACACUUGAAUGCUUGGGAACAGAACAUUUGAAAGUCGGUUUCGAGAAGCUGCUCAAAUACUUGAAAGAAUACGAUCCAAAGGGCCUAACUUCCGAAGAUACAUCUUUACACGGUAGUGCCAUUGGUACUUUAGUUAUUUUUUUUGAGCUGAUUCAGACAGCGGACAUGAUUGUACAAAUGUUGGACAUAUUUUACAAAGAAGAAAUGAUUUCGAAAGGUAUCAUCAAGAAUGAAAACUCUGUUUUGAAUCCGUCCCUUCAAUCCAAAAAGAAAUUAGAAGGUGAUGUGGACAAGUUUGUGGCAGAUGGUCUCAAUAUUGGUAUCGAGGUUCUUUUUCAAGAAAUCGAGUCAGUAUACCUAUCAGCACUCAAAAUCUCAGAUUACAAUCCUCCAAGCCGAGAAAUUGGGGACAGUCCCACUACUGCUGCUCGCAAGGUUGUAAUGAUACUAGAAGACAAUAUCGAUUUGCUCGUCGGGUCCGCAGAUAAGUCAAUAAUUGAAGUCUUUCAACAGGAAGUUUGUGAGCGAUUUUUCCAAGCGAUAGUGAAGCUGUUAAAGAGGAGCACAAUUUCUGUUGAAGGAGCAGUGACCUUGCUUUUCGACUUGAAUCUUUACUAUGAUUUCAUUUUGCGCCAUGUCUCUAGCAACAAAAAAAUGAUUUAUCCUCUUUUCCAGGCGUUGAAGAAAGUCGGGACAAUAUAUCUAAUUGGAGGAGAGGAUGCAAGAGCUAUUGGGCAAAUCGUGAGUGAUUUAUCGAAAUUCAACGGAAUUUUUAGCCAAGAAGAAAUUUACGAAUUUGUCCAGCGGCGGCAAGACUGGCCGCUCAUAAAAAAGCACGUUGAAAAAGUCAUGUACGGGUUGAGUCUCAUUGAUUGCACUUUGAUGUAA